AUGAACCAAAGAAGAAUCAUCAGCACAUUUUUCAUUCUCAUCUUCAUACUUAAAGAAAGAGUGAGUUUUAUUAAGUGGCAAUUGGGAUUUGAGGGUGUUUUUGUGGUAGAUGCGCAUGGUCAUAGCGGAGGUUUAAUUAUGUUUUGGCGGAAAGCGGAAGAGGGUAGGCUUUUGAGCUAUAGUUUCAACCAUAUUGAUAUUGCGUUGAAAUUAGAAAAUCAUCCUGAAUUUCGCUUAACUGGUUUUUAUGGUGAACCGCAACGCAACUUACGCCACAAUACUUGGAGGAAAAUUAAACAGCUAGCAGGAGAUUCAGAGUUGCCUUGGUGUCUUAUUGGUGAUCUCAAUAAUGUGCUAUAUCAAUGGGAAAAAAGAGGUGGUCGCGCUUAUCCCUGUAGUUUAAUUAAUGGCUUCCAGGAGACUCUUAACGAUUGUGGGUUGAGCGAUAUGGAGAUGAUGGGCCAUCCUUUUACUUGGGAAAGAGGGCGAGGUACGCCAAAUUGGAUUGAGGUGAGACUUGAUCGUGCUCUCAUCUCACAUGCUUGGAGGUCAUUAUUUUUUGCAGCUAAACUGGUCAACCUUGAGACUUCUGUUUCUGAUCAUUCUCCCAUUUGGUUGGAUCUUGCUUACCAAGUGCGACAUCCAGUCAUAAGGAGGUUUCGAUUUGAGAAUGCUUGGGCUCGGGAGCCUAUGUGCCGCCAAAUUGUAUCUGAUCAAUGGAGAGCGCUUAGUGCUGAUUCUUUCCAGGAAAAAAUAAAGUGUUGCAGUACUGCUCUCGCGGAAUGGGGGAAGGACAUUACAGGUAAAUUUAAGGAGCGUAUAAGUCAAUGUAAUCGUUUAUUGAAGCAAUUGAAAGGCCAGAGAGAUGAGGAGUCUAUUCGUCGGUACCAGGAGAUUCACAGCUGUCUCUUCGAGGUACUCACACAGAAAGAGAUAUUUUGGCGCCAAAGAUCGAAGCAGUUGUGGUUACAAGCUGGUGACCAAAACACAAAAUUUUUCCAUGCAUGUGCAAGUACCAGGAAAAGAAUUAACCAGAUUUCUUCCCUCAAGGAUGAUCAUGGCACAUGGGUGGAUUGGGAGCAUGGUUUGGGCGAGGUAAUUGUUGAUUAUUUCAGAAGCAUCUUUGCAGCCUCUACUACCUCUUGGGAAAGAGUUACUGAGUGUGUCCCAGAGAGCAUAACAGAGGAAAUAAAUAUGGAGCUACUUCUACCAGUGGAUGACAGCGAAGUAAAGGCAGCCCUGUUUCAAAUGCACCCAGACAAAUCGCCAGGACCAGAUGGGUUCAAUCCUGGGUUUUACCAGAAAUUUUGGGACAUUGUGGGUCCUGAUGUGGUACGUUUGGUUCAACAUUUUUUUAUGUUUGCUGAGUUUCCUGAUCACCUAAAUCAAACCCAUAUUGUUCUUAUCCCUAAGAAGUCUAAACCUGAGUCCAUGAGUGACCUUAGGCCCAUUGCUUUAUGCAAUGUGAUUUAUAAAAUUGCUUCCAAAGUUAUGGCCAACAGAUUGAAAAAGGUACUCCAUAACAUUAUUUCUGAGACCCAAAGUGCUUUUAUUCCUGGUAGGCUCAUAACAGAUAACAUUAUGGUUUCUUUUGAGGUUAUGCAUUAUCUCAAGAGGAAAUCAACAGGAAAGGAUGGAUUCAUGGCUCUCAAACUGGAUAUGAGUAAGGCAUAUGACAGGGUUGAAUGGGGUUUUCUGCAUGCAAUGUUAAAAAAGAUGGGUUUCAGCGACCAUUGGAUAAAGAUUGUGAUGCGGUGUGUGAGCUCUGUUUCCUAUAAGAUUAUCUCGGGGUGCCAUGAACUGGGUCCAAUAAUACCGAGCAGAGGAUUGAGACAAGGUGAUCCCUUAUCCCCUUAUCUCUUUAUUAUUUGUGCAGAAGGAUUCUCAGCCUUAAUCACAGACUAUGUAAGGAGAGGCAAGGUACAGGCGUGUAAAGUGGCUAGGGGGGCUCCUAAGGUCUCUCAUAUGUUCUUCGCAGAUGAUAGUUAUCUAUAUUGCAAAGCUACAGAGAGUGCAGCGAACAAUGUGAUGGAACUUCUUGGCUACUUUCAAUUGGCCUCGGGGCAACAGGUGAAUCUAAGUAAAUCUUCGGUCUUCUUUAGUACCAAUACAAGAGCUGAUGUUAGAAAUAAGAUCUGUGAUAUGCUGAAGGUGAGUGAAGCAGGGGAGUCUUGUACAUACUUGGGACUUCCGAAUAUUUUGGGCAGAAAUAAGAACUCCAUUCUUGGUUUUUUGAAGGAGAAGAUGAGGAAAAAGAUCCAAAGCUGGGAGGGGAAGUUCCUCUCGAAAGCGGGAAAUGGAACAACUUAUGUGCAGCUACUGGUGGAAGUCUUCCUCAAGAAACAACCAAGUAUAUUUGAGUCUAAGGAGAUUGUGAGUGCCGGGGCAAGGAGAAGAAUUGGUAAUGGGUCUCAGACGAUUAUUACUCGUGAUCCUUGGUUACCUUGCGUAGUGAAUCCGAGAAUUAGUACUACCCACCCAGCCUUAGCCGAGGAAAAGGUAGAAGCUCUGAUGAUCACUGGGAGAGUUGCCUGGGAUGACGACUUGGUUCGUGAUUUGUUCAAUCAAAGGGAUGCUAAUCUCAUUUUAGGCAUUCCUUUACACUCUAGUCGUCAGGUAGAUGCGUGGUUUUGGGCUUUUGAGUCCUCAGGUCGACAUACUGUGAAGAGCGCAUAUCGAUAUUUGCAGCAGAUCAAGGAUGAUGGGUCUCGGAUCGACAGAUCGAGUUUUUGGAACAAUCUAUGGAAGCUUCGGGUACCCCCAAAAGUUAAAGAUUUGCUGUGGAGAGCAUCUUCUAAUUGUCUGCCCACUAAGGUUCAUCUUCGUCUUAAACAUGUGGAUAUCGACCCUACAUGUCCGGUGUGCCAGGUUAGUAGGGAAUCUAUCAACCAUUGCUUAGUGGAAUGCCCCUUUGCGCGAGCCAGUUGGGCUCGUACAGGCAUCGGUGUGUGCACUAAUGUGGAAGGGACUUUCUCUGCUUGGUUGGAGUCUUUAUUCUACACCUUGGAUGAUGAGCAGAGGAAAAUUGUAGCUAUGACAUGUUGGGCCCUUUGGAGGGUGAGAAAUGAUUGUGUGUGGAACGGAAAAGUUGCUAGGGUGGCAACUGUGACAAAUUUGGCUAAAAACACACUAUAUCAAUGGACUAAAGCUCAAGAUAAAUUUGAGGUGCCAACUGUAGCAUUUUUGAUUGAGGAAGAUGGAGCUGCUAUUUGGAGUAGGCCAGCUGCUGGUACUAUCAAGAUUAAUGUUGAUGCAGCGCUGUUUUCUGAAUCAUCAUCAUAUGGUUUUGCUUGUGUGGCUAGGAAUGAUCAGGGACAUACCCUGGAAGCUAUAUCUUGUUGUCGGAACGGGGUGGUGUCUCCUGAAUUAGUAGAAGCUAUGGGGAUGCGUGAGGCCUUAAGCUGGAUAAAGAAGAAAGCUUGGGAUAAGGUGACUAUUGAGACUGAUUGCCUCACGGUUGUUCAGGCCCUUCGUAGUUCAAUUUCUAUGGACUCUUAUUUUGGGAGUCUAAUUACUGAGUGUAAGGGUUUGUGGAAUGAUGUAAAGAAUAUAAAAAUUUUAUUUGUUAAGCGGUCUGCGAACAGUGUUGCUCAUGUUCUUGCUAGAGCUUCCUGUCAUAUUGCUGACUGUACUUUUAGGGGAGGUGAUUUCCCUCUUGCUAUUCUUGAUGUUAUUUUGAAGGACAGUUGCUAA